CUCCACUGAAAUGGGUUAUAUGAUGGGAAUAAUUUUGGGGUUAACCUGUUUGUUGGGUUUAUCAAAAGCACUACCAAUGCUAAAUGAUGGUGACUUACCACCAGUGCAAGAUGUAGCAAAAAUGGCAAGAUAUAUUAUUCAUACUUCAGAUUGGACAGUUAUAUCACACAUAUCGCAUCAAGGAAAUUCGAGUGAUUUUCCCCUUGGACGUGUUUUCUCAAUGAGCGAUGGUCCAAUAAACAAUAGCAAAGGUACACCUUACAUCUACUCAACCGAGCUAGACCCGGUUAUAAAUGAUCUUAAAAAGGACAGCUUAUGUGGAAUGACAAUGAGCCUUGCUUACGGUGACUACUGCAAGGAUAAACAUCUCGACCCGGAAAAUCCUCUUUGUGCCCAGGUCAUGCUAACGGGACAUCUACAAUUUAUUGAUAACAAUGAUGAAGAAGCUAAGUUUGCAAAAGAAGCACUGUUUUCAAGGCAUCCAGAAAUGAGCUCGUGGCCAACAGAUCACCACUUUCAGUUUGCAAAAAUGAACAUUGCUAAUAUUCAAGUUAUUGAUUACUACGGAGGAAGCAAAUAUCCUAGCACUGAAGAAUACUACAAUGUAUCUCUUUAAAUACAUCUGUUUAUAUGUUUUUCAUCUUUGUAUUGUCUAUAGACAUUAAAUAAAUUACUAAAAACUAUUAAAUAUUGCUUUUAUGUGAAACUCCUACAUAGCGUUUAUGAUAACAAUAACUGGCACUCCGUCCUG